AUGAACGCUUUGUUUACCAUUGCGUUGCUUUUGCUCUCCAAUGUGGCCACUGCUUUUGUUCCACAAUCGGCCACUUUUGGCGUAAAUGCCCGCCCUUUUUCUAUGGCGACUGUUGAAGAAGCACCAACAGCUGUUGGAGAUGGAAUCAAAGUUGAGAAUCUCCGUAACAUUGCGGUGAUUGCUCACGUCGACCACGGAAAGACAACUUUGGUCGAUGCCUUGAUCCGCCAAUCCGGAGUCUUCCGUGAUGCCGCGCAAGCUAACGAGGCUGGAGAACGUGUCAUGGACAGUGAAGAUCAAGAAAGAGAACGUGGUAUCACUAUUCUUUCCAAGAAUCUUGCUGUGCAACGUGGCGACGUCAAGAUUAACAUCAUGGACACCCCAGGUCACGCUGACUUUGGCGGAGAAGUCGAACGUGUAUUGAACAUGUGUGAUGGUGUCUUGUUGCUUGUUGAUAGUGUGGAGGGACCCAAGCCACAAACUAGAUUCGUGUUGGACAAGGCCCUACGAAAAGGAAUGAAGGCCUUGGUCGUCGUCAACAAGGUUGACCGACCUGCCGCCCGUGUCGAAUACGUCGUCGAUACCGUCUUUGAUCUUUUUGUUGAUCUUGGAGCUACCGAUGAACAAACCGACUUCCGUGUCGUAUAUGCUUCUGGCCUCCUUGGAAAGGCUGGAUUUGAAGCUGAUGAACUUGCUGACGAUAUGGGACCUUUGUUCGAUGCUAUCAUUGAAAGCAUUGACCCCCCAACCGUCCAAAAUACUGAAGAUAGUAGCCUUCAGUGCUUGAUCAGUAACAUUGACUACGACAACUUCAAGGGAAAGAUGGGUAUCGCUCGUAUCAGCAACGGAAAAAUUAAGGCCGGCCAACCUGUCGCUCUUGCCCACCCCGACAAGGAAAAGAAGACUGGACGCAUCGGCGACCUUUACGUUUUCGACAACCUUGGUAAGAGACAAGUCACUGAAGCUUCUGCUGGAGAGAUUAUCAUGUUUUCCGGAUUGGAUGGAGUUGAAAUUGGUGAUACUUUGGUGACCAACGAGGCCGGUGGUGCCAACGCUGCCGAACCUAUGGAACCCAUUGCCGUCGAACAGCCUACUGUCCGUAUGACUCUAGGUGUCAACAAGUCCCCUCUUGCUGGACGCGAAGGAAAGUUCUUGACGAGUCGUAUGAUCCGUGACCGCCUUUUCAAGGAGUUGGACCGCAACGUCGCUCUUCGCGUCGAGGAGACCGAAUCUGCUGACAGAUAUGAAGUUUCUGGACGUGGUCAAUUGCACUUGACUGUCCUCAUUGAGACCAUGAGACGUGAAGGAUUCGAACUUGAGGUUGGUCCUCCUACCGUUAUUUUCAUGGAAAAUGAAGAAACCGGAAAGAUGGAAGAACCUUGGGAAUCUGUCGAGGUUCGUGUCCCAGAGGAGUACAUGGGGUCUGUUAUUGACCUUUUGAACGGACGUAAGGGUGAACUCCAAGACAUGGGAUUGGAAGAAGGUGAAGGUCUUUCAGUUGUCAAGUACCUUGUGCCCACCCGUGGUAUGCUUGGUAUUCGAUCCUCCUUGCUUUCCUCUACCCGUGGUACUGCCUUGAUUGACAGUGUCUUCGAUUCAUAUCGCCCAAAGAUUCAAGGUGAAAUUCAAGGGCGUGAUAAGGGAUCUCUUCUUGCAUUUGCUGACGGUACUGCCACCACUUUCGGUAUUGAAGGUGCCCAAAAUCGUGGAAGUAUGUUUGUCAAAGUUAGUGACGACGUCUACAAGGGAAUGAUUGUCGGAAUCCACCAACGUCCUGGAGACUUGGAGGUCAAUAUCUGCAAGACCAAGGCGUUGAAUAACAUGCGAGCUGCAACCAAGGAAAUGAAGACUGGUGUCAUUGCCCCUAUCGACAUGAGUCUUGAUUCUUGUGUCGAGUACAUUGCUGCCGACGAAAUUUUGGAAGUUACCCCCAGUUUGUUCCGCAUGGCCAAGAACCCUGAUAUGCAGAAGAAGGGAGGAAACAAGAAGAAAUAA